AUGUCUCCUACCGUCGUUCUCAUCACCGGCGCCAACCAAGGUCUUGGGUUCGAAUGUGUCAAGAAGUUGGCAGCAGAGCAACCGGACUACCACAUCCUUCUCGGCUCCAGAAACGCCCAGAGAGGCACGGACGCAGCGGCUAAGGUGACCGAUCUUGCACCUGGCUCCAAGGUAGAGCCCAUCCAGCUUGACGUUACAGACGACGAAUCAAUAGCCAAAGCCGCCAAAUACGUGGAACAAAAGUUUGGUCGUCUCGACGUUCUCUUCAACAAUGCAGGCAUCAGCAAAUCCCCAGGCAAGUCGUUCCGUGACGAGAUGAACGAGAUUUACAACACCAACACGACAAGCGCAGCUUGCGUGACCGAGGCUUUUCUGCCAUUGUUGAAGAAGGCGCCAGUGCCACGCCUCGUCUUCAUGUCGUCUGGUCUAGCCUCUGCCGCAAAUACUUUGGACACAGCACUGCCCUUUUACGGUUGGAUCUUCAAGGCGUAUUCGGCUUCCAAGGCUGCUAUGAAUAACCUGGGUCUCUCUUAUGCAGUCUUGCACGGAAAGGAAGGCUUCAAGGUCAACAUGAUCGACCCAGGAUACCGCUCUACGAACAUCAAUGGGUUCAGCGAAACUGGAGGCAGGGCCGAAGAGGGAGCUCUGCAGGCUUGCAAGAUCAUUGUCGACACUGACAAGGAUGGUCCUCACGCUACGUUUACGAGUAUUGAAGGCACCGUUCCAUGGUGA